AUGCCAAAAUUGUUCAACGACGGGUGGGAGGAGCAGCAGAAGCGGCAGCCUCUCUCAGCAGCAGCAGCGCCAGCAGCAGCAGCAGCAGCAGCAGCCGCUCGUCCCGCAACGUCUGUAAACUUGUCUUUGUUCGUUCGGUGGCAGCGGCUCGAGUUUUACAGACAGCCGCUAGAGUCUUCCCGCCGCCUGUUUCCUCUGCUGCAGCAACUGCAGCAAGCAGCAGAUUGUUUGAAGGCAACUCUAUCGGAGGCUUUGGGGCGGCUGGCUAAGAGCAGGCAGCACCUGCUGCCGCUGCUGCAGCACCUGCUGGAGCUGCGGGAGCAGCAGCAGCAGCUGUUCAAAAAGGAGGCCCUUUGCAUCCAGCAGCUUGCACCAGCAGCAACAGGGGAAGCAGCAGCUGCCACAGCAGCAGCACCAACGAGAGACAUAGAUGCCGUUGGGGCUGCAUUCCAAGCGCUCCUUGACAUCUCAGGUCAGCAGCAAUAUUCGCCUCAGCAGCAGCAGCUGCUGCAAAAGAAUUGGAAACACGGUUCUGAAGCAACAACAGCAGCAGCAACAGCGGCGGCAGCAGAAGCAACAGUAGCUGCAACAGCACAGUGCAGCGAGACAAGCAACCAGUAUGCGGUCCUAUGGGAAGCUUUAGCGGACCUUCACUCUCAUCCCACUUAUCUGCUGCAGUGUCCGCAGCAGCUGCUGCGUCUGCGGCGGCAGCUGCUGCAGCAACAACUGCAGCAGCAACUCCUUGCGGAGGGCCCCUGGGGGGAGCCCAUGAGGUUUGCUGCAGGCAAGGAAGCGCCGAGGACCCUCACGGCGGCGCUGCGGUGGGUCCCGCGUGCAGCAGCAGCAGAAGCCGCUGUCUUUGUCUCCCUGCUGCAGCUGCUGUAUACCCGUGGGGGAGCUGCUGCACUUGGAAUCCAGAAGCAGCAGCAGCAGCAGCAACAGGAAAAGAGACACGGCUUCUCUGCCGACGCUUCAGACGUAUGUGAAAGAAGCGACGAGGCUGCAGAGUCUCAUUUUCCACUUGUAGACCAGCAGCAGCAACAGCAGCAAGAGCAGCAACAGCAACAGCAACUACAACCGCAACUGCAGCAGCAGCAGCAGGUGCGGGGUUGGCUGCCGCUUUCAGACGCAGCAACUCUCCCCACUGAGGCUGGCAGCAGCGCAGCCACGCUACAGGAGCUGCUGAACCCAGCAGCGUUGCUAGAAGGGUCCCUUGAGGCUCUUCACGGGCCCCUUCCUGCUCAGCUUGCUGCUGUUCUCGACAGUAGCAUAAACAGCAGCAGCACCAGCACCAGCAGCUGCGGCAUCACAGCGUUCAAGAUAGGCUUGCUGCUAGAACAAGCAGCAGCGGCUAUUGAGCAAGCAAUCGCUGCUGCCGUUCAGAACUCUCCUCAAAAGCGUCUUGAGAGAGAGCAGCAUCAGCAGCAGCAGCAGCAACAGCGGCAGCCGCUGCUGGUGCGUUUCUUGUUGGAUCUUUCAACGAGGGUGCUGGACAGGCUCGAGACCCAGUGGGACUCCUCGGCGCUGCUGCUGCCGCAGCUAUCCGCAGCAGCAGCAGCAGAAUGGGCCCCCGCCGCUGAAGAGGGGGCUCCACCCCGCAGCAGUUUGCCUCCGUUUCUAACGGCUUUUGCCUCGCGCCUGCAAGACCUGCUGUUAGCGUACGCAGCUUCUCUUUCUUCUCUGCAGCAGCCUCAGCAGCAGUUCCAGCAGCAGCCCCAGCAGCAGCAGCAGCAGCAGCCGACGCGCGCUGUGAGUCGCCUGGAGACGCUGGUAGGCCGCGACGUGUCCCGCUGCCUCAACUAG